UUUUUUUUGUUGAUAACUUUGAGCUGUCAAGCAGAAAAUUGCAUUUCGCUAUAUUAUAAUUUUGUUUACCCACAUUUCCAUUUAGAACAAAAAAGAAACAAAAAUUAUGCACGAAUUUUUACUAAACAUUGAUAACAAGGAAAUCCUUAUUGAAAUUCUUCAUCUAUCCAUCGAUUAUCUCAUCGGAAACUGCGAUGACAUAUCCACCAUAAACAAAUCCUCCCACAAGUAUGGUUUCUCCGAUCCUGAUGACUUCCAUUCGGCCUUACAGACAAUCGCUUACGCCUACAAAUGCUACUGCCUCAAAGCAAUUACCGAGACUGAAUUGCUAUCCAAUUUCGCUCACAUGAAUCCCGAUUUGCAGCAGUCAAUUGUUGAAGUCUUCAAAACCCGUCAACCGGAAAUUGUUGAAUUCCUUUUGCGACAACACAAUUCUAGACAAGACAAGCUGGUUGAAUCAUUCGAUUGGGAUGUAAGAUUUGUUAUGGGUGAUAGUAGUUUGCUAACAAGACGUCGUCAAUUGACGACAGUCACAUUGAAUUGUUUGGAACCUGGCGGGGAUAAAAGUUUGGUACAUUUUCAAAUGAAUACUAAUAAAUUGGAUGAGUUGAUAAAGGUUUUAGAGAAAUGUGAAGCUUCCAUGGGGGCGUCGGUUUUAGUAGGUGCGCCAGACCAUCAAAGUAGAAAAGUAGAGUAGUAAAGUAAUAUACUAUAUUUUUAGGAAAAAGAAUAUUAUAAAAAUGACGCGCCAUAUAAAAUUGUAGGAAUUAUAAUAAUUAUUUAGAAAAGAGUGAUGUUCUUUCUUUUUGGUCGGAGAA